UAGAGGGCAAAUUCAUGCUUUUGGAGAGAGAAGGGGAAUCUGUAGUGUCCGGGGGACCAGAGUGUGUCUUGGUUUCUUUUAGGCUUGUUGGCUUUUCCUGCCUCCCUUGGAGGCCCUUCUUUUGACGUGUUCCAAGUGUCUCGGGAAAGCAGGAGGCUGGGCUUUGCUUGGGCCAUCGUGUGCCUUUGUGAGUAACAAAACCCAGUCGCCUUCAGGGCCCCUUUUGGGGGUGGUUGUCCCUUGAUUCAUUAUUGGUAUGGUGAAUUUGAAGCUCAUGCAAAGCGCAUAAACAUGUCGCUGGUAAGUCGCCCAGCAGCAAGGGCUGUCGGUCUCCGUCUAGUUAAAGGUCCCUCCCUGUAAGGCUGUCAGGUGCUUUCAGCUGGUUUCUGUUGGGCUGCGGCCCCUAGGCGUCCACACUGCAGCUCCGCGGAGAUUUCCUCGGGUCUGGGGCCCUCCUGACCAGUCGGAACCAAGCCCUGUUAUACAAACCGCCGCGCGGUCUAGUGGCGGGGGCUAGGGCGUGAGUGGUUUUGCAUCUGAUUUGCAACUGGACCUUGGUCAAGUCCCGUCGCUUAUUUGUGCCUCAGUUUCCCUACAUUGCCAGUAAAGGGUAAUGUGAUUUCUCCGCUUUGCAGAGGGCCGUGAGAUGCUGGAAUCAGAGAGAGAGAGAGAGAGAGAGAGAGUGUGUGUGUGUGUGUGUGUGUAUAUAAAAACCAGGCCUCCUCCGUUUUAUUCUGAAUUUGCAAUCAGACUAAGGCGGGAGAAUUCCGAUCUUUUUGAAAGCUCGGAGUCUUCUUGUCCUCCCUCUUUCAACCAAAGCUGGCCAGCGGGGCCCAAAUCGCAGUUUUUAUACCCUUGCUCUCCCCUCGGUUACUUUCUUGCUGGCUGGACCAGCCAGGUGGCUGUUGAACCUGGACGCUUGUCCCGCGUCCCCAGCACCAGCCUUGCUCGGUGGCUGACCGGUGGAGUUGGAUCCUUGCUCGCUUGGUUGCCAUUGAUCCCUUGGGGCAGGAGAAGGGAGCCCCGGGGCGGGCGCCCCAGCAAUCCGAGGUGGGAGGAGAACAACCUGGCGGAGGGAUGGGGGAGACCUGGGCGGCGGGGGGGGGGGGGGCUCCCACUCGGGGCUGAGCCAGCCCCUCUGCUGCGGGCAGGUUGCAGGGAGAAGUUUCUCACAGGCCUCCUGGCUGGGGCGCCGGAGUUUGAAAACAAGGAGGAGCCGCAGGCACCUUCGGUGUCAUUGGAGGAAGCUUCUCCGAGGAGCUCAUAAAUACAGAGCCCGGGCUGCAGGGUGCAGCUCGGCCGGGGGCCCCCUGGAUUACGGUGCCAGAGAGGGGGGGGGGUGACAGCCAGGGAGCCCCAGGCGCUGCAGGGGGGACUCGGGGCCAGGCGGCGGGGAGCGCUAGGGGGCCAGGGGCGAAGCGGGGGUCAUGGCUUCCCUGCUGGGCUCCUACCCGUGGUCCGAGAGCCUGGAUUGCUCCGCCCUGGAUGGGGAGCUCCCGGAGGGGCUCUCCCCGCCGGCCGCGCACCGCUCCCCGGGGGAGAAGGGCUCGGAGACCCGCAUCAGGAGACCCAUGAACGCCUUCAUGGUGUGGGCGAAGGACGAGAGGAAGCGGCUGGCGGUGCAGAACCCGGACCUGCACAACGCGGAGCUCAGCAAGAUGCUCGGCAAGUCCUGGAAAUCUCUGAGCCCUUCCCAGAAGAGACCUUACGUGGAGGAGGCGGAAAGACUGAGGGUGCAGCACAUGCAAGAUUACCCCAACUACAAAUACCGGCCCAGGAGGAAGAAACAGGUCAAGCGGAUCUGCAAGCGGGUGGAGCCAGGCUUUCUGCUGGGGAACCUCUCCAGGGAUCAGAACUCAGGGCCGGAGAAGCGGGCCUGCGGCAGGACAGUGGGGGAAAAGGAGGGGCAGGGUGAGUACUCGCCUGGCCCGGGAUUGCAGAGCAUCAGGGGCUACAGGGAAGCCCAGGCCAGCAGCAGCAGCACCAACAUGGACACCUACCCCUAUGGGUUGCCCACCCCGCCUGAGAUGUCCCCUUUGGAUGUGAUAGACCCUGAGCAGAGCUUCUUCUCCUCCCCCUGCCCGGAGGAGCAUCACCACCCCCAUAUGACUGGGGCCCCUUACUCUCCAGAGUACUCCACCAGCCCCCUCCAGUGUAACCACCAUCCCCUUGGCCCCAUGUCCAUCUCUCAGCCCAGCUCCUCCAUGAUCCCCCCAAUCCCCAGCUGCCCCCCUCCUCCUCCCACCUACUACACGCCAGCCUUCCACCCCAUCCACCCCCACAACCUCCAUGCCCACCUUGGUCAGCUCUCCCCGCCCCCUGAACACCAUGGCUUUGACAGCCUGGACCAGCUGAGCCAAGCAGAACUUCUGGGGGAGAUGGACCGCAAUGAGUUUGACCAGUAUCUCAACACUCCCGGCCACUCAGACCACAGCGGGGUGAUAAUCAAUGGACAUGUCCAGGUGUCUCAGGUUGCAGGUGGCUCACCCUCUACAGAGACUAGCCUCAUCUCCGUCCUAGCAGAUGCCACUGCUACCUACUACAACAACUACAGCGUCUCCUAGGCCAGAAGGAGCAGGGCCUGUGGACUGGCCGCGGACAGACCCUACAGUAUUAUUGGCAUGGCUCCAUGGACACAACAGCCGGUGAACACCUCACUCCUCACCUCAGGGUUGCCAAGUCAGAACUGAAACAGCUUUGGAGCCUCCUCUCUGUCCUAGGUAAUGGAUUUUGCUUCUCAGACAUCCACUGGCAUCAAAAUUAAGUAUCCUGCUUUAAAAGGUAUUUGAUAUCCUGCUUCAGAAAAGGUCUGUGGUCAAGUCCCUUUUCCAAGCCUGCUGGUCAUUAGCUACAGUCCUCCUACCGAUUUAUUUGAUAAGCGUGGGGACUCUUUGGAUGCUGGGUCUGAUUUUUCAGUGGCACUGAGGCCCAGUUCCAUAAAGGUAUUUAGGCUCCUAACUUCCUGGAUCUGGGCCAGAGCUCCCUCAACGCCAGCUGGAUCCCCUGAAAGGUCAGCCCCUGUGUCUUGUUCUGUGUCGCACUUUGCCGUUGUGGUAGGGAUGGGGGAAAAGCAAAGAUGUGGCAAAUGAGUUACUGUAACCCUCUGGUCAGCAUGUGCCACCUUCUGGGCCUGCUGGCGUGACUCCGUGACGGCCCCUUACCUGCGGAACCUGGCUCGUCAAGCUGUAGUCCCUCCAGUGUUCAGUAAUGCAGGUUUCCAAUUCCAGUCCCAGCACUGGCUAAGAUGGUGGCUGUCACAACCAGCUGUUGCUUACAGAGAGAAUAGGAUCAGGUGAUCAUAAAUGCCCUGUUCUCCUGUAAUUACACUAUGGGAAGAGCUUUAACCAGAGAGAGCUCUGUGGCUUUCAUUCAUAGCUGUGUGUGUUUUCUGUUGGCCUGGUCUUGCAUUCCCUGUGUACUCAACAGUUUCACAGAAGUGACUGGGAGUUUUUGAGUGUACGCUAGCAUAAGGAAUACAACUCCAGUGAAGUCACUGGACUUGCAGUCCCUAGUGCCAGCUGUGUAUUUGGUCCUGUGUAUGCAAAGGCAUCUAAUCUAAUCUGUUGCACCCACAUAGCCCCGCUCUGUGUCCCUUUGGCUCCUGGAACGUUUUGUGGAUUUCAGUGGGAACCCUGAGAGUGUAAGGAAGGAAAGAUCUGGCCCAGGGUGGAACCCUGAUGUCAUUUCCACUGCCCCCCGCCCCCCUCCCCCAACCCUGAACAACUUGAGUGGGAGAGGAGGGUCACAAUAACUGGAACUACAGUGCAGUGAUACAACGUGGUCUUGUGAUAAUGGACUGGCUGCUAGCUGCUCCAGUGUGAAGGUUGUGGCUGAGCUUCUGUUUGCUCACUCCAUAAAAUUCAGCUUGACUUCUCUUUAAACAGAGUUUCACUGGGCUCUGAUCCUGCUUUCACUGAGUUAAAUUGGACCAAGAUUGGUCCCUGCCUGAGUCACUACAAGUAAUUUCCCAUGUACGUAGCCAUGCUGGUGGCCUUCGUAACAGCUACUCUGAAGGCCACGAACCUGAGUAAUAUCCCAUCAUGUUCCCUCGACCUGCAGCCACAGCUGGAAAGAAUUUAUUGUGAUGAGCACUUUGGAAAAGAGGUGAUAUGUAGCAGACACACAUUUGUAUCAAGCAUCAUUUGAAGGCAAAUACUUAAUGUUUAGAAAUGAAAUGCCCAUUCCUCUUUCCGUCAGUAUAUUAUUGCUUGUAAUAAAGCUGUACAUUGAUUUGUAUGUUCCAUUAUUUCCCCGUCAUAUUUUGUAUUGCUCUUUUUUAUAAAGAUGACAUUUUAUUUUAAAUCAGUUAUGUAUCAUGAUUAAUCUUAUCGUUACUGUAUGACAUUUGGUUAUGAUUAGUUAGUAGCGUGGUUAUGAUUUUCUGGUUUCAAUCCUGAGUGUGUAAUUAAAUGAUAAUAUAAUUGCAAAUAAUACUUUAAAAAAACCACAACUUUUAAGCUAACAUUUUCCAUUUUUUUUUGCGUGUGACUCUUAUGCAUUUUGAAUGCGUGUAGAUAUGAGUUCGCAUAAAAUAUUUAAUUUAAAUAAAUAUGUUUUUAUACAAUGACUGUUUUAUCAUUUAGAUUGCUGUAGUUAUGGACAAAACUGUUCAAAAGGGAAGCAUUUAUUGUGCUCGAUGUUGCAUUGGGUUUUUUUUAAUUUUCAGCCAAACUUUUCUAUAUCAGUUUCUUUUUUUAAAUAAAAAAGGCCAGUGGC